GUCGAAUCAGCCUUUUUCUGGCUGUCCCGUCUUAGUUGCGUGGGCGACCUGCCCGAUAAGGCCAUUGCCUAACUCUAGCGCAACCAGACUGCCUUCUCCGCGCCUUGUCCGGGGUGGUCUGGGAUCACCGCCGAUGGUUGCAUUAUCAUUUGCGGCUGUAGGCCAGCUCCUGCGAACCGGUGGCGACGGUCUAGCCGUGUAGCACGGAGACAACGUUGGACCACAGAUUGAUAUAAGAUCUGCUCCUAGGAUCCUCCCAUCUCUGUUUCUGGUUCCUCUCGUCUCCAUCCCUCUCCCAGGUCUCCUCCUCUCUUCAUCUUCUCUGCUAUCAAAUCCCCUUUGCGGGCCAGAGCAGACGAAUCCUGACAGGCAGUCCAUUGCCCAUCAUGACCACCACCAUCAACCUCGACAACGACGCCAUUGCGCAGUCCGGGCUCGUCGACCCCGAGACCCGCGGCAUCCCCCAGGUCCCCGCCCAUGGCUCUAUGGACAAGGAGAUGCAUCUGGACUCGCAGUCGGUCAGCGGCGACGACUUCGAUGACACGCCCACCGAGGAGGAGCUGCGCACUCUGCGCCGUGUCUCGGGUGCCAUCAAAUGGAGCAUGUACACCAUCGCCUUCGUGGAGUUGUGCGAGCGAUUCUCCUACUACGGCUCGUCCGUUCUUUACACCAACUUCAUCGCACAGCCUCUCCCGGAGGGCUCCACCACCGGUGCUCCGGUGGACCCCUCGGCCGCCGAUGCUCAGGCCGGUGCCCUCAACAUGGGCGCCCAGGCUGCUCAGGCCCUGUCUCUUUUCAACCAGUUCUUUGCCUACGUGAUGCCCCUCGUUGGUGCCUGGGUUGCUGAUGCCCGUCUCGGUCGUUUCUGGACUAUUCACAUCGCCAUCGGUAUCUCGACUAUUGCCCACGUCAUUCUCGUCGCUGCCUCUGCCCCUGGCGUCAUUAUCAAGGCUGAUUCUGCAUUUGCCGCCUUUAUUAUUGGUCUCCUCACUCUCUGCGUUGGUACUGGUUUCUUCAAGGCCAAUGUCUCGCCUCUGCUCGCAGAGCAGAACGAGGAUUCGCGUAUACGCGUUCGGAUUGAAGAGAAAACCGGCGAGCGAGUUAUUGUCGACCCUGCUGUCACUAAUACCCGUAUCUUUCUUUAUUUUUAUCUUUGCAUUAAUAUGGGAAGCCUGGCUGGUCAAAUUGGAAUGGUCUAUGUUGAGAAAUACGUCGGAUUCUGGCUCGCUUUCUUGAUUCCUACCGCCAUGUUCCUGAUUGCGCCCAUCGUCCUCGCCCUCAACAAGAAGAACUAUAAGCUCUCACCACCUACCGGAUCAGUCCUCUCCAAGUUCCUGCACAUGUUUGUCUUCGUUCAGAAGCGGUGCAAGCCUUUCAAGCUGAACUGGGAUCUGGCCAAGCCCUCUAACGUCCCCGUUGGCGAACGCCCUGACUGGAUGACCUAUGAUGAUGCCUGGGUUGACGAAGUCCGCCGCGGUCUCAAGGCCUGCAAGGUCUUCCUCUUCCUCCCCGUCUUCUUCCUUGCCUACAACCAGAUGACCGGUAACCUCACCACCCAGGCUUCUACCAUGCAGUUGCACGGAACCCCCAACGACGUCAUUCAGAACCUCAACCCCAUCUCUAUUGUGGUCAUGAUCCCCAUCAUCGACCACGUCCUCUACCCCACCCUCCGCAAGUUCGGCAUCGCCUUCACCCCCAUCAAGCGUAUGACCACCGGUUUCAUCAUCGCUGCCUUGUCCAUGGUUGCCUCUGCUGUCAUGCAGUACUACAUCUACAAGAUGGGCCCUUGCGGCUGGCACGCAAACGACCCGGACUGCGCGGCCGCUCCCAUCAACGUCUGGGCUCAGUCUCUGCCCUACAUCCUGAUCGGUCUCGCUGAGAUCUUCACCAACGUCACCUCAUACGAGUACGCCUACUCCAAGGCCCCCGAGAACAUGAAGUCCCUCGUCAUGAGUGUGAACUUGUUCAUGAGUGCCGUCUCCGCUGCCAUUGGCCAGGCUUUCGUUCCCCUCUCCAGCGACCCUCUGCUGGUGUGGAACUACACCGUCGUCGCCUGCAUCUCCUUGGUAGGCGGCAUCGCGUUUUGGUUCUGUUUCAGCCACUUGGAUUCGGAAGAAGACAAAUGGAACAUGCUCAAGAAGUCUUCAUACAAGGGUACUAACCAGCCCAACGCUCUUGAGAACAAGAUCGCGGACAACGACGCCGAGAGGGCUUAGAUGGCGCGUUGCCAUGGCGUUGUAAUAUGAACAGAUUAAAGUAGAUACCAUCAAAUAGCGAGUUAUUUAAGAAAACAUUGACCGCGU